GUGACGCGGGUAGCUCGGCUGUACAGGAUAGAAAGUUUUAAGUCUGUAUGACUUUGUUCCCAAAGUGAGGAAUGUAGAAUAUAACCCCCGGGAAAACAAGUCUUGAAGCAAAGGUCUCUGAAAUCAAAGGGUUUAUUGAGCCAUUUACCAGCUAGGAAAAGGACCAAGACUUGGGGCACAUUUUGUAAACUACCAGCAACAAGGCUAAAAAAGUGCCUCUGAGAUCAAGAGUUAACGCUGCAAUUGGAUCUCCAGACACAUGUUUUUUAAUUCUCCAUUCUUGCACCCCCCCCCCAAAAAAAAGAACACAUCCCAGAGAACUGUUACUUAAUUGACUUCCGUUGUCUCUUCCCUCUUCUGGACAGCUACAUUUUAGGGCACCUCAGAAAUUUUCAUUUAUCAGCCUCCUUUCCUCAAGGAAUAUAUUAGAACUGGUUGAGAAGAUGUAGCAUGCAUACAAAUGACCAAAUACUGCAUAGCAGCAGCAGUUUUUCAGCAAGUGUCUAUUGAUAAUGGGAGACCCUUGGCAGGAGUGCAUGGAUUAUGCAGUAGUCCUCGCAAGACAAGCUGGAGAGAUGAUUCGUGAAGCUCUGAAAACUGAGAUGAACGUCAUGAUUAAAAGUUCUCCUGCCGACUUGGUGACCGUUACUGACCAAAAAGUUGAGAAAAUGCUCAUGUCGUCUAUAAAGGAAAAGUACCCAUAUCACGGUUUCAUUGGUGAAGAAUCUGUGGCAGCUGGGGAAAAGACAGUCUUGACAGAGCAGCCCACGUGGAUCAUUGACCCUAUUGAUGGAACGACUAACUUUGUGCAUCGGCUUUUAGAAGAACUCCCGCCACUGAAUGCUGCAUUCCUGAGACAGAUGUUUAGAAUUCUAAAUAAAAUAGCCAGAAAUUCCUCGAUAAACCACAUGCCAGCAUACAGUCUCUCUGCUGCAAUAGCGCCAUUUCUUUUAUGCCUUCCUAGAUAUGGAAAUAAAGUACUGGCUACUGAUAUUUCCAAAAAGAUUUCUCUCGUAACAUUCCUCAUAGAUAAUUCUCCGAAACUGUUCGGGCUAGAUAUUGUUGCACUAUGGUAUGAAACCUCGUUUUAUCAUGGACCCGGAGGAAAUACCUCAUGUGACCAGGUUACUACAUCUAAUAUCAUCACCCGAAAUGAACCAGAACAUGGAGCCAGCAGCUGCCCCAAGGGGAGGACAUACACACCUGACCAUGAUGAACCAGCAAUAAGUCAAGUGGCUCCUCCUCUCUCUGAGGGCACUAACGAAUCAGAGACUCAAGAAGAUAAUAUGAAUGCAACCCAGCAAACAACUUCUCAAACUCCUACUGCACCACCAAAAAACCAAGUAUUUCGUACUUGUCCACGGUUUAUAUGCUUGGACAAAAUGCUACCUUCUAUACUUGAUAUGAUAUCGGUCAUUGCGGAAAAAGGACCAGAAUCAGAAGAAGUAUUCCAAUCCAUUUCCGAUAGAUCACACUUGGUCCUGAGGGAUAAGAUCUAUACUGAGCAACACAUUAAUUGGGACCAAGAAUCGGUACUCACAGUAGCUUACCUUUUAAAGGUAAGGCAGUAUUUUGCAUCACCAACAUUCAGCAUCCCUCUAGAGAUGCAUAUUCUGUCCUUGAGAUUACCAGAUCAUGACAGUUUUCUUGAACUAUGGAUACAUGAUCUCCGAAUAAGAGUCACUUUAGGUAAAAGUGUGACAAGCUCAAAGAUUCAUCACAAAGACACAGGUGAACACUUUCUGUUGGAGGUUAACUUUCUCAUACAUCAGAUGGGCUUUUUUGGCUUUACAAAUGUUCCCACUGAUUUCACCUCUCUAACUAUACCACCUGAAUUAAUAAUAGAAAAAGUAAUAAUAGUAAUAAAAGUGUGUUUUACACGAUGCAUGUCUUAAAUCAUACUUACCACAAAAACUUAAGUAACAACAGUACAAAAUAGCUAUUCUACCACAGACUUGUAAUGUGAGAGAAUUGCAUGUUGCCCUCUGUCCAGUAGAUAUAUAAAAUUGUUUUCCUUCUCUAACAAAAAAUAAAGCAGUAUUUUCACUUUUUCCUGAUAUUGCCAUCCUAACCCCAUGUCAAAUACUGAAGAAUUAGCCUAACUUACUUCUAAGUAGUCUAAUAUGCUUAACUUCUCAGUGAGCAGCAGUAACUCUAGAGCAAAUAUCAUUGUUUGAUUUUUAUUUGGGGCAUGAUCUGAGAUUGCCUCUAAGUAGACUGGAGCUAUGGCCCCAGACAUCAAGAGAAAAGAUAAUGCUCUGAGAGUAGCCAUGGUUAAUAACGUUAGGCAAUGGUAACAAAUGAUCCCCCCUUGACCCUCGAGCUUGCCAAGUGCAUCUGGCUCUCAUUGCCAGAAACCUGGGACCACAUCACAGGGAGGAAAGUGAAGAUCAGUAACUGGAAGUCAUGUGUAUUCACAGCAAUUUAAAGGUACAGGAACACCUGGGCACCUUCCAUUUGUCUGAAUUUCUAUCCUUGAUACAAUGUGAAAGUUAAUUGUGGCAUUUCAUGAAUAAAGACACUAUUUGAGAAUGAG